GCCUCCGAUUUUCGCGCCAUUCCGCUUCGGGACCACCAGCCACAGGGGCUGAUAAGACCAUCUGCACUGCCACACCAUUCCCCACCUCCACGGCUUCUUGUUUGAUGCGUUUGCGAUUAUGACGGGGAAGGGAAGGUGAAGUCAAUUGACAGCUUCAGUGAUCUUCCAUGGACUUUCACCUGCUCCAUUCGCGAUAGAUACGACUCAGAAAUACUCACAGCCACCGACCAUGGCUUCCAUUUUUGCCGAUUUCAAGCAAGGCCAGAAAGUCGGCUCUGGUCAUCAUCUGGCGGCAUCUCUCACGCCGGUCGCGCCCGCCGACCAUCCCGAUCGAUUGCGUUCGUUUUACUACUUCUCCAACCCCGCAAAUGUCUAUCUUGAUCUACGCGAUUCCCUCUUCCUGACCAAUCGUCUGAAGCUACCGAAACAAGAACAAAAUGCGUGGAUUGAUAUCUUCUUGUCGUAUUGGAAGGCCGUGGGGGAGAUCAUCAAAUUCGAAGAGUCCCCCCGAGGCGGUAGCUGGGCCAAAGUAUUCGAUGCUUGGAAGGAUCUGGUCAAUGUCUUGAUUAGAGGCUAUUCGAACUCUGGGCUUCAGGCAUGGACAGUGCCGUGUCUAUACGUUGUCGGAAAAUACUUGCGGAUCUUCGCGAUCAAAGCAGAUGCCGAGCUUUCUUCCCAGGAGUCGGUUUCUUUUGGAGAGGACGUUGCGGACUUUGAGAAGAGUGCGAAGCUUGAAGAGACUGCCCGGAUCAUUAAUCGGAUGUUCACCCUUUGUCUCAGUGACAGGGCACCGAUUGAAGAAUCGCGCAAAUGGGGUAUUUACAACACGACCAAUUUGAUGUUUAAGACAUAUUUCAAAAUCGGCUCUGUUGGCCUUUCGAAAAACCUACUCCGUGCCCUCAAUGCUUCAUCAGUAGACCUACCAGAUUUGAGCGCCUUCCCCAAGUCUCAUAUUGUCACCUUCCAGUAUUAUGUUGGAGUUAUUCAUUUCUUGGAUGAAAACUACGCACAAGCAGAAGAACAUCUAGCGGAGGCGUGGAGGCUGUGCCACAGACAUGCCCUGAAAAACAAAGAGUCGAUUCUCACUUAUCUUGUGCCCUGCCACCUUGUGACGACACAUACCCUGCCGAGCCAAAAGCUUCUUGCACAAUUUCCCCGUCUAGAGGGUUUGUUCCGUCCAUUAUGCAAUUGCAUCAGGAAAGGGGACCUCGUUGGCUUUGAUACAGCCAUGUCUGCUGGGGAGGAAGAGUUUGUAAAGAAACGCAUCUACUUGCCUCUUGAAAGAGGACGCGAUAUUGCUUUACGCAAUUUGUAUCGAAAGGUGUUUAUUGCAGGAGGGUUUGAAGAACCUAAGGACGGGCAACUUCCGCUUCGGCGGACAAGAAUCCCUGUUGCUGAGUUUGCAGCAGCAUUAAGAAUAGGAACUCAUGCAGAUGAUAGGUCGCGUGUUGACAUUGAUGAGGUUGAAUGUCUUUUGUCGAAUCUCAUAUAUAAGGGACUUAUGAAGGGCUAUAUCGCCCGUGAGCGAGGAAUGGUUGUCUUGAGCAAGGGUGGAACCGCAUUCCCAGGAACAGGCGUCUAAUAUACUUCCCCAAAAGCACGCCCUCCUCAUCCUCAUCACCAUCGACUAAAUAAUUUACGAAGAUAACGCAGAACUUGAAGAUCCUCUCACUCGGGCAGUUCACCUUUGCCGAAAGUAGUCGGUCCUUUCAGCCAUGCAUUGAGCAUCUACAUUCAUCUAUGCUCGACUCCGUGUCCUCUGGGUGUAGCUUGGUCUGCUGCAAGUGACACCAAACUUUGUCAACUAAACAUACACUGAUCAUCAUAUUCCUACGAGACCAUAGAGCAGUGUUUGUGAAGCGAGACUUGGUCCUCACUAGGGAGCAAGAUUAUGGAGAUCUUGCUUAUAUAGCAUUACUCUUGACGAUUUUCAUGAUGAAAUGAGUUGAGCCAUUCUGAACUAUAAAGAAACAUUGACAUGUCCAUAAUCCUUUGAAGUAAUUGCCUUACGGUAAUG